UGUACGUGUGGAAAGCUGAUAUAGGAGCAACUCUUUUUACAGAGUUAUACCCUUGGAAGGAAUGUAUGUACCUACGAAUAUAUAACAGGUCUGGUGGCGGGAUUUAUGUAUAAUUCUUCCCUGUUCUAGCGGCGAUCCAAUACACCAAUCAGAGUAUUCAAUCUUUAUUUAUUCACUCUUUUUUCAUUUUUAUCUCCAUAAUAAUAAUACUAUCAUACUGUUAAAUAAGAGUACAAUAUACACCUCAAAGUUAUUCUCUUUUUUGGAUUAAAGUUCAAUAGGUAAAGAAUUUCAUACUGAAUAAUGGACAAGAAAAUAGCUUUACCGAAGAAGCCAAGCGAAAAGCGAAUAGUAUAUCCGAUUGGAUCCGAACAUUAUACUGUUUAUGAGGAGAUUGGGCAAGGAGUUAGUGCAUUGGUUCAUCGUUCUCUUUGUAUUCCUCUUAAUGAGAUUGUUGCCAUCAAAAUCCUUGAUUUCGAACGUGAUAAAUGUGAUCUGAGUCGUGUAUCACAGGAAGCAAAAAUAAUGGUCCUAAGUGACCAUCCCAAUGUUCUUAAACUACACUGCUCCUUUGUCUGUGAUUACAAUCUAUGGGUUGUCAUGCCUUACAUGGCUGGAGGCUCCUGUCUCCACAUACUGAAGGCUGCUUAUCCUGAUGGUUUUAAAGAGGUGGUUAUUGCGACAAUUUUACGUGAAGUGCUAAAGGCUUUGGAAUACCUUCAUGAUCAUGGAUACAUUCAUCGGGAUGUCAAAGCUGGAAAUAUUCUCAUUGAUUCACAUGGUGGAAUAAAGUUGGGAGAUUUUGGUGUAUCGGCCUACUUGUUUGAUUCAGGUGACAGGCAGCGGGUGCGGAACACAUUUGCUGGAACUCCUUGUUGGAUGGCACCGGAGGUCAUGGAGCAAUUGCAUGGUUAUGAUUGCAAAGCUGAUAUUUGGUCUUUUGGCAUAACUGCUUUGGAGCUUGCUCAUGGACAUGCUCCUUUCUCAAAAUUCCCUCCCAUGAAGGUGUUGCUAAUGACAUUGCAAAAUGAACCUCCAUCCCUUGAUGAUAAGAGGGACAGGAAGUUCUCUGGUUCCUUUAGGGAAAUGAUUGGUAGUUGCUUGGUAAAAGAUCCUUCAAAAAGGCCUUCAGCCAAAAAGUUGUUGAAGCAUGCUUUCUUUAAGAAAGCUAGGUCCAAUGAUUAUAUAUCAAGAACAUUGUUGAAAGGCUUGCCAGAUCUUGGUGAUAGUGUGAAAGCAUUGAAGAGAAAAGAAGAAGACUUGCUAGCACAAAAGAAAAUACCAGAUGGGCAGAAAGAAGAAAUGUCUCAGAAUGAAUAUAAACGUGGGAUUAGCUGCUGGAAUUUUGAUCUUGAAGAUUUGAAAGCGCAGGCUUCCUUGAUUCCAGAUGAAGAAACUAUUUGUGAGAAUGACCACGGUGGGAGUACAAAUUCUCUCCCAGCACUUGACCAACAAGGAAACCGGCUUCAAUAUCAUUUAUCUCCUCUGGAACUUCCAAAGCUUCAGUAUCAAUUCUCCUUUGGAAGUCAAAGUUCAGAUGCUACAGGAUUCGAUGAUAGCAAUCCAUCUGCUCCUCCUUCGCCUGCUGAUCGCACCAUGGCUUAUAGCAGAAGUAAAUGUGAGAAGUUUGAUGAUGAUUUAAGCAUUGCUAGUUCAAUCCAUGAAGCCCAAAUUUCACAACAUUCUUCUCCAUGCCGUGAGGAGAUGAAUUUGGUGUGGAAGAGGGAACAAGGGACUCUUGCAGAUGAGGGCAUGCCCAUAAAUUCUUGUCAAAGUGAUAAAAGUUCAUCCCAAAACGUAUUCAGUUGCAAUAUGGCUUUUCCUCAAACAACGGACGAUUUUCCAGCUGAAGUAUCCAUAAAGCAUUCAAGAAUUUCAGCUGGUAGCAUUGAAGAUUUUGAGGAGAAGACCAAGUAUCCAGUUGUUCAGCAGAAAGGACGAUUUAAAGUUACCUCUGAGACUGUUGACUUGGAAAAGGUGAAUCCAGAAAAUCUGACUGCUACUCAACCAUUACCACCUGAUCCUACAGUAGUAAAUCUUUCUUCCCAGUCCAUACGUCCAAUGUUGCAAAACGCAUUACAGGCAACUAACAUUGGGAGAGAGAGUAUUCUUAGUGCAAUGAAGCAAGUGACCUUAGGUGACUCCACAGCAGUGAAUGCGGGAUGCAUUCCAUCAAAUUCAGCUGGAGUAGAGAAAUCACUGUUGGAGGCAGCUCUUGACAGGGAGAAGGAUUUACAUCGUGAAGUUGCUGAUUUACGGUUGAGGCUCGAGCGAGCGCAGGAAGAGCUUCAAAAAUAUAAAACAGAAAAUAAAAGCUCAAAGUGACAUAUAGUCUACAUGAAAUGUAGAAGAAGAUAGCUGACUUUGUAAAUAAGAUACCAGAUUUACCAGAUCCAAGUACAAUUAGUUUGUUUCUUGGCGACAGUAAGUUGCUUUUUCCUUUUGCGUUUUCACUCGCUUGUUUUGCUUGGCUGAUUCAUGUACAUGUUGAAGUUUAGAGAAUGUAAUCCUUGGUGAUAUUGAUUCAUAUUUUUAUUUAAAGACUUUACAAGAAUUUGCUCAUUUUUUCUUGGUUGCACCAAUGGAAAGAUAGUUAUGGGAAGUGUUAAGUCUUUGUACUUUUUCAUUAAAAAAGAAUUCAUGGGUCUCACCAUAUUUGAAUAAAGUGGCACGUCAUUUUAGCUAUCAAGUAGAGAUGUAAUGUAUUUAAAACCGAAUUAGACACUGUUUCUUAUUAUAUCUCCAUCCUUGAUUUUUUUGACCUUGGUUAUCCUGUGGUCCUCAUGAUCCAACCCUAUGGUUAUAUGAUUAACAGACAACAAAAAAUGUUAUGUCCAAUCCACGUAGAAAUUUUACCGUCUUUCAUAUUAUAAUUUUCUAUAAUUUUCUUUUGAUAAAUAAGGUCAAAAAGAUGUUACAUAUGAAACUUAUCCUCUU